AUGACGACGCCUGUCGACCUGCCCUUUGCCCUGCCGCCUGCGCCGGCCAACUAUUCGGCGGCCAAGGCCUCGACCUCGGCGGUCUCGCUCACCUCCGUAGAGCUUGCGCCGAUUGGUGACGCCUUCCUUGGCUACCUUCGCCGUAAGCUGCACCAGAGCUCGUUUGAGGAGGACGAUGCGCUGAUCCGCCAGCGUCUGGCUGACCACGCUGCCGCGAACGCAGAGGUGGACGAGCUUGACAACGAUAUCGGUGAGGAGCCGGAAAGUGCCGAGCUGCUUGCCAGCGACCCGAAAGAGUGGAAGUCGCAGGACCACUACGCUGUGCUCGGCCUGUCCUCGCGUCGUUACAAGGCCACGGACCACGAAAUUAAGAUUGCGCACCGCAAGAAGGUGCUUAAGCACCACCCCGACAAGAAGGUCGGUGCGACGGGUAUCAGCGACGACUCGUUCUUCAAGUGUGUUGCCAAGGCCUUUGAAAUUUUGUCGCACCCGGAGAAGCGCCGUCAGUUUGACAGUGUGGAUGAAGGUGUGGACGAUGAGGAUGUGCCAACAGGCAAGGAAAGCCCUGAGCGCUUCUUCGAGCUGUGGGGUCCCGUGUUCGAGCGUGAGGGCCGUUUCUCGAAGGACACGCCUGUCCCAUCCAUUGGUACGAAGGACAGCUCCAAGGAGGAAGUGGACGACUUUUACAACUUCUUCUACAACUUUGACAGCUGGCGUAGCUUCGAGUACCUCGACAAAGAGGUCAACGAAGGCAGUGACAGCCGUGACGACAAGCGCUACACGGAAAAGAAGAACCGUAACGAGCGUGCGCGUCGCAAGAAGGAGGACAACGCUCGUCUGCGCAACCUCGUCGACAAGGCACUGUCGAUCGACCCACGUAUCAAGGCGUUCCGUGCGGCCGAGCGUGCGGCGCGUGAGGCCAAGAAGAACAAGGGCCGCCCUGGUGCGCCUGGCGGCGGCAUGAGCGCCGCUGACAAGGCUGCGGAGGAGAAGCGCAAGAAGGAAGAGGCGGAGAAGGCCGCCCAGGAAGCGGCGGCCAAGGCGGAGGCGGAGAAGGCCGAGCGUGAGGCUGCGAAGAAGGUCCGUGAAGCGGCCAAGAAGAACCUCAAGAAGGAGAAGAAGGCCAUUCGCAACAUUAUUACGGGCGCGAACUACUUCCAGCCGGAAGGCGCCUCGCCGUCUGCCUCGGUGCUCGACAAGCAGCUGGGUGCGCUCGACGCUCUGUGCGCGGCGCUGGAGCCGGAGCAAGUGCAGGCGCUGCGUGAGGCGUGUGAGAAGGGCACGGACGCUGCCAAGGCCGCGCUGAAUCAGGCGUGUGAGGAGAAGAGCCUGGGCGAUGCGUUUGCGUAA